AUGGAUCCGGCUUUGUUUUUUUUAUUUGAGCUCUAGUGAGAGUGAUGGGGAUGAAAAAAUAGUGCGGAGGCAACUAAGAGAUCGGAGAAAUCCUUUGGCACUGCCGAAUACAGCGCAGAUUUUUAAAACGAUUUCGUCUAACUAAAGAGGCUUUUGAAUAUGUCCUAAAUAAUAUAUGUUUGACGCAAUCUGGCGUCAGAGCAGUGCCUCGAGUGCUACAAUUAGCAACCACGCUUUCACAUUUGGCAGUGACUAUUUGAUUGGGAUUUGUCAAAGCACUGUUUCGAAGCUGAUAUCCCAUGUGCUUAAAGAAAUGGAAAUGAAGUUGUGCCCACAGUUUAUACGGUUUACACCAGAGGAUUCCCUUACGUGUAAAGAGUGGUUUGUGCACCAAUAUAAAAUUCCUGGAGUUAUUGGGUGCGUUGAUGGUACCCACAUCGGCUUACAAAAAUCCACAGUAAACGAGCACAUGUACUUCAAUAGAAAAGGCUACCAUAGUAUCAACGCUAUGAUAAUAUGUGAUCACACUUACAAAAUUAUGUCUAUUAACUGUCAAUACGGUGGUGCAGCCCACGACUCAUUUGUUUGGAAACAUUCGCACCAGAGAAGAGUUUUGGAAGAACGAUUUCAGCACAACAGGAAUGAAAAUUCAUGGCUUUUAGGGGAUUCUGGCUACCCUCUGUAACCAUGGUGCAUAACUCCUUACAGAAACGCUUCGGAUGGUUCAAAUGAAGCUAUGUUCAAUGAAAUUCAUUCAAAGGCAAGAUGUAUCGUCGAACGAACUAUCGGAAUUUUAAAAGGACGCUGGAGAAUUUUAGGAUAUGGCAAGAGAGGAAGGUACCAUCCGACAAAAGUGGCAAGAUUUGCUAACGUUUGUACAGCAAUACACAACAUCUGCAUAAAAUUUAAAAUAAAUUAUGAUCCUCAGAAUUGCGAUUCUGAUCAAACAACGGAUAUCGACACCGGGGUACCGAACCGCCUCACCGCAAUCGGCCAAACAAUAAGAGAUCAAAUAAAGUACUAUUUAAUAAAUUGAA